AUGAUAAAAGCUGAGGUUAAUGAUCCACAUUGCUCAUGUCUGUCUCUAAUAAUGGACGAAACAUCAGACAUUAGCAAAACGGAACAGGUCGCCAUGUGUUCGAGAUACAUUUUUGAGGGAAAAACCAAGGAAACUUUCAUAGCUACAAUACCUGCAACAUCAUGUAGCGCUGAAAGAGCUUUCAGUGGGCUACGCCGUCUGAAAACUUACCUACGAAAUACCAUGGGUCAAGCUAGGCUAACCAGUCUAGCUCUGAUCAACAUUGAGAGGGUUUUUAGUAAUAGACUACUUGAGAAACUGGACGCAAUUGUGGACAUUUUUGCUGGACGUCAUGGCCGUGCCUCUCACUUUUUCUAAAAAGACUAUUGAACUACUUGAGAAACUGCACGAAAUUGUGAACAUUCUGCUGGACGCCGUAUGGACGUGCCUCUCAUAUUUCUAAAAUGUUUUACUUUUGUUCCCGA